AUGAAAUUUAGAGCUUGGUGUGGACUUUUCUUAAUUUUUUGGAUCUCUCCUGAAAUUUCGGCUACAUUUGAAAAUGAUUUGAAGGGCAUUGUUGAGACUUUUUCGUGUGAGCAAAAAAUGAACAAAAACUUUUAUCGCCUUCAAAUGAUUCCUUCUAAAGAUCCAAAGUGCAUAUUCAAUCAUUCUGAGAUUACUUCGAAUACUAUCAAAGAUUUCCCAUCUGACUGUGCUUCUGUUUGUGCAGUUUUAGUUUUCAACUCAAACACAGAUUUAUCGGAAAAUGAAUUGGUGAAAUUGUUUUCAAAUAUGAGCAAAAUAAAUGGAGAUAUAAAAAUUGAAAAUACGAGCCUAAACAGUCUCUCGUUUUUCUCUUCAUCUGAUGUAAGCGGAAUUGAUUUCUUCUAUUAUAACGGUUUAUCAAUAAUCAACAAUUCAUUGUUAGAAAACGUUGAAGUUCUUGAAAAAUUGUAUUUUGUACGCGGCGAUGAAAACAGAGCAGGUUCUUUCCAAAUUAAAAAUAACAGCAAACUGGACGCCAGCAAUUUAUGUUUUCGUGGAGAAAUUAUGAAUUUAAUAUCUUUACAAUUACGAGGAAAUUUGAAAGAUUGUGGAUGUUACCUUGAUCUGACUGAUAAUCCAAACCUUGACGGUUUUGAAAAUUGCAAAACCUUAUAUGGAGGAUUGUAUCUAACUAACAUUACUGACACUGCUGCGAAUUUCUCUAAAUUAUUGAAUAUAGACCACAUAAGAGGAAAUAUUGAAAUUUCACAUACAAAUUUCAAAAAUUUUUCAUUUUUGAUAAAUAUGAAAACGAUGCUAUUGGAACAUGAGAGUGAAGACUAUAAAGACUAUAAAAUUGGUAUCAAUAUACAUGAUAAUUAUGAAAUGACUCAUCUUGGAUGGCCCUUUUUAGAACUGGGAUACGGGUCCACAAGAACCUUAUAUAAUGAACUUGGAAAACUUGAACCCGAAUUUCUGUCUAUCCUUUCUUGAACUAAUCUACUUUUCAAAACAAAGAGUUGAAUUUCGGAAUAUUGAAGCAACAUAUUGUCAAGAUUUUAACGAAACACAUGCUGCCAAAGUUUCGAUUUGUCAGUUUCAAACAUUAAGUAAUUUACCCAACUUUUGUGAUGUGUUAUUUGGUGAUGUGAUCAUCGAUUCAAAUCAGGGCAAAUACAUGAACAAACUCUAUUCGAUUUCUAUAUUUUUUGAAUCAUUAAAAGUUCAAUAUAUGAAAUCUGAGGGAUUGGAUUUUCUUCGCGCAAUGCGAUAUAUAGUCUCAUUGGACGCUUCCAAACCACCCAUCACAAUUCGUUCGAACAAAUAUUUGACACGAGCAAGAAUUCCCAAUCUUACACACGCCAUUUCAAAGACAAGCAAUACAGUUGUGAUGUAUGAUAAUCCAUUAUUGUUUAGCAAUAAUCAAGAAUGCCUGAUGUAUAGAAUUUCAUAUGAAACUAACGUGAACAUUGAAAAUCAAGAUUGCGAAAUGAUUGUAUUCAAUACAUCACAAAUUGUCAAGCUUCAACACGUCAUGUUGGUUCUAGUUUGGAACUUUAUGAUCGGGUUGGUCUGCAUUUAA